AUGUGGCGGGCCCUCAUGUAUCAGCUUGCUCUGAUUCCUCUCGUCCAGGCUCAAAAUGACUACUGCAGGACACACCGUACAUUCAGGGAGCCAGUCAACACUGACAUUAACGUCUACUGUGUCAACACUGACAUUAACGUCUACUGUGUCAACACUGACAUUAACGUCUACUGUGUCAACACUGACAUUAACGUCUACUGUGUCAACACUGACAUUAACGUCUACUGUGUCAACACUGACAUUAACGUCUACUGUGUCAACACUGACAUUAACGUCUACUGUGUCAACACUGACAUUAACGUCUACUGUGUCAACACUGACAUUAACGUCUACUGUGUCAACACUGACAUUAACGUCUACUGUGCCAACACUGACAUUAACGUUUACUGUGGCACGAAUCGCAUGGAGCUCCAUAUCUUGCUAUGUCCCGUCUACUUCGGUGGAUACAAUGAAUCACUGAUGUCCCUCAACGCUCAGUACUUCAAGGGAGAGUGCCGGGGGACACCCGAUUGGACUGUCGACCCGCCUAUUCUGAAAUACAACUUCUCCAUCACAGAGGAGGCGGUGUCCGCCUGCAACAACAAAAUAAAGAUCACUCAGGAGGUGGGUUCUGGGCUCUUUGCGGAUUUCUCCAGCGUUCAGUUUGUCAACAUCUCGGGCAUGAUCAACUCUCUGGACCCCAGUGCGGGAACGAUCACCUACCGCCAGGAAAUGAUUUACAAAUUCUCCUGCCGCUAUCCACUCCAGUACUUGGUCAACAACACUGAGAUGACCGUGUCUGGGGUGAGCCUAGCAGUCAAAGACAGCAAUGGGAGUUUCAUCAGUACCCUGAGUAUGACGCUCUACUCGGACAGGUUCUACACAACCCAGCUCAAGGUCCCUGAGGGAGGCUUGACGUUGAAGACACGCAUCUUUGUGGAGGUCAAGGCCACCAAUCUCACGGGAAGGUUCAACGUGUUGUUGGACCGAUGCUAUGCCACAACCAGUCCUUACCCCGUCAACAGCACUUAUUAUGACCUCUUUGUUGGGUGUAACCGGGAUGGCCAGACGGUGAUGGGGGUCAAUGGGCAACAGCAGGAAGCUCGUUUCUCAUUUGAGGCCUUCCGCUUCGUCCAGCACAAGAACAGGACGUUGUCCACUUUCUACCUGCACUGCUCUACCAGACUCUGUGAGAGGUCCGUCUGCACCUCCCUGCAACAGAACUGCACGGACAUCAUCAGCUCAAGGAGGAAGCGGGAGGUCCAGGACACGUCUGUGACCGACACAGCCACAGUCAGCUCCGGCCCCAUCCGCACCCAAGUGGACAACGUUGUCGAGCAGUUGGGUGGAAAACACAGAUCCUUGCAGGGUGUUGCCAUAGCAGCAGGGAUUGUUGGCGCGCUCUGUAUCUCCAUGGUAGCCUUCAUUGCGUACUGGAUCGUUGUGCCAAGGACCAUUGGGGCUACAAAAGAGUGA